GGGCAACAAGUCCCAGAGGAGUCCCAAACAAAUCACUGCUCCCUCUCUCCAGUCCCGCCACCCCUGCACCCUGCACCCGCGGUGACGUCACAGGCACUCGAGUCCCUUCUUCUCUCCGUGCGCGAGCUCGCCACAGUCCAAAGUAUAAAAGAAGCACGAGUGAAAGCCUGUGAGUACCUCCGAAAAGAAAAAGUGCAGAGAUUAAGAAAGGAGACACUCAUGCGCACGUAUUUGGGACGGACGACUACUACAUGUUUACGCGGACGAGGGCUCGUUUGGGAGAGCAAUCCGGGACUCAACCUCUGAUCAUGGAGUUGUGGAUUUAAAGGAGAUUGAAAUGGGCGGCUUGCUGCUGUUUUUUACACUGCACUGUUGGCUUCUGUCGGUGGCGGUGGACGCCAAACCUCUGCUGCUGUUUGCAAACCGGCGAGACAUCCGAUUGGUGGACGCCGAGGGGGUACGUGGGGAGUCAGCCAUCGUUGUGAGUGACCUGGAGGAUGCAGCAGCUGUGGACUUCUUAUACGACCAAGGCCUCAUAUUCUGGACUGAUGUCAGCGAAGAGGCCAUCAAACAGACUCACUGGAACCAGUCAUCUAAUUCUUUAAAAGAGGCUCUGGGAACAGGGCAGAGUGUGGUGGUGGCAGGGUUGGACAGCCCUGAUGGACUGGCCUGUGAUUGGUUGGGACGAAAGCUUUACUGGACAGAUUCAGAGACCAAUCGAAUUGAAGUCGCAAAUCUAAAUGGCACUUCCAGAAAAGUACUGUUUUGGAUGGACUUAGACCAGCCCAGGGCCAUCGCACUCAACCCCUCAGAAGGGUACAUGUAUUGGACAGAUUGGGGAGAGGAGCCAAGGAUAGAGCGUGCAGGCAUGGAUGGCACCAAUAGAAAAGUGAUUGUAGGUGCAGAUAUAUAUUGGCCCAAUGGUUUAACGAUUGACCUGGUGGAGCACAAGUUGUACUGGGCGGAUGCCAAACUCAGCUUUAUUCACAGAGCUAACCUGGAUGGCACUGCACGUGAAACUGUUGUGGAGGGCACCCUGACCCACCCUUUUGCCCUCACUCUGUCUGAGGGGACCCUGUACUGGACAGAUUGGCAGACCCGCUCCAUUCACGCCUGCAAUAAACACAGUGGAGACAAAACCAGGGAGAUCCUAAGUGGUAUCUACUCCCCGAUGGACAUCCAAGUGCUGGAGGCGUACAGGCAACCCCACAUUCAAACCCCCUGCAGUGACAGUAAUGGGGGCUGUAGUCAUCUGUGCUUGCUCUCCCCUGUCCCUCCUUUCUACAGUUGUGCAUGUCCAACUGGGGUCCGACUCAACCCAGAUAACAAGACUUGCAAACCAGGAGCAGAGCAAGUUUUGUUUUUGGCUCGACGGACUGACCUAAGAAGAAUCUCUUUGGACCUCCCGGACUUCACUGACAUCGUACUUCAGCUUGACGACAUACGGCACGCUAUAGCCAUAGACUACGACCCGGUGGAGGGAUAUGUGUACUGGACAGAUGACGAGGUACGAGCCAUCAGAAGAUCUCGCAUGGAUGGAAGCAACGCCACAACGCUGGUUACCACGGAGAUCAAACACCCUGACGGCAUCGCUGUGGACUGGGUUGCCCGAAAUCUGUACUGGACAGACACUGGCACUGACCGCAUCGAGGUCACAAGACUGAAUGGAACCUCCCGUAAAAUUUUAAUUUCUGACAAUUUAUACGAACCUAGAGCCAUUGUUCUGGACCCAAUGAAUGGCCUUAUGUUUUGGACGGACUGGGGGGAGAACCCAAAGAUCGAGCGUGCCAACCUGGAUGGCACAGAGCGGAUGCUUCUGGUCAACACAUCUCUGGGGUGGCCAAAUGGACUGGCUUUAGAUUACUCUACUGGAAAACUGUACUGGGGAGAUGCCAAAACUGACAAGAUCGAGGUGAUUAAUGUGGAUGGCAGUAACAGGCAGGUGCUCCUGGAGGACAAGCUGCCUCACAUCUUUGGCUUCACGCUGCUCGGGGACUACAUUUACUGGACAGACUGGCAAAGACGCAGUAUUGAGCGAGUCCACAAGACCACCGCUGUACGAGAAAUCAUCAUCGAUCAACUCCCGGAUUUAAUGGGGCUCAAAGCAACUAAAGUCACAGAGACAAAUGGUACAAAUGGUUGUGCUGUGGAUAAUGGUGGGUGCAGUCACCUCUGUUUUUGGAGGAAGCAGGCUGUGAGCUGCGCCUGUCCCAUGGGCAUGGAGCUGCUCUCAGACAUGCACUCGUGUGUGGUGCCCGAGGCCUUCCUCUUCUUCACCAACAGAGAUAACAUACGGAGCAUCUCUUUGGGCACUAACAGCAAUGAUGUGGCCAUUCCACUCACCGGGGUCAAAGAGGUGUCUGCCCUGGACUUCGACGUGGCUGAAAAGAGGUUGUACUGGACAGACAUACAGGCCAAGACAAUCAGCAGAGCCUACAUGAACGGCAGCACUAUUGAGCACGUCAUUGAGUUUGGACUUGAUUACCCAGAGGGCAUGGCUGUGGACUGGAUGGGGCGUAAUAUUUACUGGGCUGAUACUGGUACAAAUCGUAUUGAAGUGGCUCGGCUCGAUGGGCAUUAUCAUCAGGUCCUGAUCUGCAAUAAUAUCGACACCCCGCGCUAUCUGGAUAACCCACGAUCACUGGCUCUGGACCCAGCCCAAGGCUACAUGUACUGGACGGAGUGGGGAGGCAGGCCUCGGAUUGCCAAAGCCUACAUGGACGGCAGCACCAUAGUGACCCUGGUGGACAAAGUGGGCCGUGCCAAUGGACUCACUAUUGACUAUGUGGACCACCGCCUGUACUGGACUGACCUGGACACAUACAUGAUCGAAAGCACCAACAUGCAAGGUCUGCAGAGAGAGAUCAUAAUAGAUGACCUCCCUCAUCCUUUUGGCUUAACUCAAUACCGAGACUUCAUUUACUGGACAGACUUUAAUUUAAGAAGGAUUGAGCGUGCAGAUAAACGCAGUGGACAGAACCGCACUGUAGUGCUACAGGGCCAGUUGGAGUUGAUGUUGGAUAUCUUGGUGUUCCACUCGUCUCGUCAGGAUGGGACCAACGAAUGCUCCCACAACAAUGGCAACUGUGCCCACCUCUGCCUGGCCACACCAGCAGGUGCUCAGUGCCGCUGUGCUUCUCACUAUACACUCAACCCUGAUGGACACAACUGUAGCUCUCCCUCUAGUUUCCUGCUCUUCACUCAGAAGGCCAGUAUCAGCCGGAUGGUUUUGGGAGAGCAGAGUCCAGACAUUGUCCUUCCCAUCCACGUCCUUCGGAAUGUUCGAGCCGUGAACUAUGACCCCUAUGAGCGUCUUAUCUAUUGGCUGGAUGGACGACAGAACAUAAGAAGGGCCAAAGAUGAUGGCACCAUGGCUACCAUGAUUGGAAGCAGCAGUACUUUAUCAGUGGAGAAUCAGCUGCAUGACUUGAGCCUGGAUCCAUACAGUCGCCACAUCUACUGGACCUGUGAGACCACCAACACCAUCAAUGUCCAGAGAAUGGAUGGACAUAAUGUUGGAGUGGUCCUCAAAGAUGAGACAGACAAACCCAGAGCGAUUGUGGUCAAUGCUGAAAAGGGAUAUAUGUAUUUUACCACAGUCCAGGAGCGCUCGGCCAAGAUUGAAGGAGCCAGUUUGGAUGGGACAGAGAGAGAGUCUUUGUUCACCACUGGACUCAUCAGACCUGUAGCUCUGGCUCUGGAUCACAAACUUGGAAAGCUGUUUUGGGCUGACGCAGAUCUCAAACGCAUUGAAAGCAGUGACCUGACAGGUGCAAAUCGUAUCGUUCUCCAAGACUCUAACAUCCUCCAGCCGAUGGACCUCACAAUCCUAGGAGACCACCUGUACUGGAUUGACCGGCAGCAGCAGAUGAUAGAGAGAGUAGACAAACUAACAGGAGAUAGUCGCACUCGGAUACAGGGCAGAAUCUCUUACCUGACAUCCAUUUACGCUGUUGAAGAUACAAACCCACCAGACUUUGCAUCGCACCCUUGUUUCCAAAGCAACGGAGGCUGUUCUCACAUCUGCAUUGCCAAAGGAGAUGGCACACCUCGCUGCUCCUGUCCUAUGCACCUGGUUUUACUUCAGGACCUGCUCAACUGUGGAGACCCACCUACCUGCUCCACAGAGCAGUUCACCUGCUCCACUGGGGAGAUUGACUGUAUCCCUAUGGCGUGGCGCUGUGACGGUUUUCCUGAGUGUGACGACAGGAGCGAUGAGGAGAACUGUCCUGUGUGCUCUGCUUUCCAGUUUCAAUGUGACAAAGGAGGAUGCAUUGACUCCCAGAGGCGCUGUAACGGAGAGCCAGACUGUGCCGACCACUCCGACGAGCAAGACUGUGAAGUUUUUUGUGCUCCAAAUCAGUUUCGCUGCGGUGACAACCAGUGUAUCACUAAAAAACAGCAGUGUGACAACUACUCCGACUGUGCAGAUGGAUCAGAUGAACUUGAAUGUGACUUCAUCUCACCUUCCUCCAGUGGCAUCCCGAGCACAGGCUCCAGCACCAUUGGCCUGGUCAUAGCCAUCAUUCUGUUGGUCUUUAUGAUCAGUGGUGCGUAUUUCGUGUGCCAGCGCGUGGUCUGCCGAAGAUACAAAGGCCCAAGCAGCAGCUUCCCUCACGAGUACAUCAGCGGGACCCCUCAUGUACCACUCAACUUCAUUGGUCCCACCAAUGCCCAGCAUGGAACUUUUCAAGGUAUCGCCUGUGGAAAGUCCAUGAUGAGCUCAGUGAGUCUGAUGGGCAGCAGCAGCAGUGGAGCUCCUCUCUACGAUAGGAACCAUGUGACCGGGGCCUCCUCCUCCAGCUCGUCCUCCACCAAAGGAGCCUUCUACCCCCAGAUCCUAAACCCUCCUCCGUCACCUGCCACAGACCGCUCCCUCUACAACACAGAGGUCUUCUACUCCUCCAACAGCCCAUCUACCACUAGGUCAUACCGACCAUACCACCCGGUGCGAGGAGCUGCCCCCCCCACCACCCCCUGCAGCACCGACGUCUGCGACAGCGACUACAACCCCCACCCCCCCGUGGGCCUGGGCUCCUCGGCGGGGCGCUGGAAGGUGACAGGGUACGGUAACCACGGCAAACACAACAAGUACUACAUGGACCUGAACUCAGACUCAGACCCCUACCCUCCUCCUCCCACACCCCGCUCCCAGUACAUGUCUGCGGAGGACAGCUGCCCGCCUUCGCCAUCCACAGAGAGGUCCUAUUUUCACCUGUGCCCCCCUCCGCCAUCGCCCUGUACCGACUCCUCAUGACCCCACAUCAUCACAAACUCAUGAUGGAAGACUCACAAAAACUGCUGCUCUGUACCUGUUUGAAGCUCCUCACUCGUCAUUCCAGUCCACAUCAUUGUCCCAAAUCACUCACCAACAAGAAACUGGUGCUAACUGACAUGUCCAAAGGAAAUGAAUUACUCUGGGUUGAUACUGAUUGAACUUCAAAAUACAGGUGAGUGAUUUGGGAAACAGUUAAACCAAUCAUCACCACAAUUUGAGCAGCUCCUUCUGGAUAUCCAUUCCAACUGAGCCUUGUUCCCAUAGAAACAGCACACACCAUUGCAUUUGUGUCGAAGCAGUGUGAGCCACAAGAUGAGUAAAAAUAUAAAGGACUUCUUCAUGUUAAAGAAAGCAGUGGAUGAGUGUGUGGAUCACUGAACAUUUGAAUCCAAGAAUGACUGAGUGAAUGUUGCGAUUACGAAUGAAACUCAAGACUUAUGGCCAAGUAAAUCCUUUUUUGGUAUCCUCGCAAUUUGAGCUUUUCUAUGUCUGAAACCACCAUGCCAAAUGUGUAUAGUUUGUAUAUAUAUGUGUAAAGAAGUCAUGUUGAAUGUUGUGAGAAGUGAAUCUUUGUGAAUCCGACCCUGUCCCAUUCACCAAAAGUAUGUUUGCUGCUAUUGUGAAUAUUAGUGAAGAAUUAAUGUGUAUACAGAAAGCCCCAAAGUACCACUUACAAGAGUAGAUUGUGAAGCCAUUGAAUAACAAACUGUCUUUUGUUUGUAUAUUUAUGUGUAGAUCUAUAUGUGUUUGUCAUAAAUCACUCUGACCUCUAGAAAUGUGCUUAGUAAUGCAACCCUCUACACAACCAAUCUUCAUCUUUUCUCAAAAUGAAUCGAUACUAUGGCUGACAAUGAGACAACUCUCAAAUCUGAAAUGUUCCUUCUUUAUUGUGAUAAUUUGCCAAGACUUCUAGGAUGACAAUGUGUUUUUUAAGCAGUUAUUAUGUAGUUCUCUGAACUCAAAAGAUCAAUGUUAAACUAUUAACCAGCAAGCACUGCCAAGAGCACUUAAACAAAGAGGAGUUAGCUACCUCAGCUGAUACUUUACGUCAAUUUGUACUCUUCAUUUUCCCAUACCUGGAGACUCAAAUGUGCAAUCAAUAUUUUUGUUGUGUAUGUGUACAAAUAUGACACAAAAGUUGUCUGUAACUUUUUAAGUCAGUUAGUCAAAAAAGUUAAUUGUAUUUAUCAAGCAAAUGAUCCUUGCAGUCAGAUUGAGAGGCAGGAGGUUACUGGUUAAACUCUACUUUUGCAUUUACACAGUUCACUUUUACAAGUUGACAUUUUUCUGUAUCCCCAAAUUAUAACUUUUGCAGUUAUUAUGGAAAAAGUACCGCUAUAAACUAAAAUACCCUGAAAAGCAGGUGAGAUAUAUUUUCACUAUAGUAAAAAUGUGUAUUUGUAUUUACUGCACUGCUGCAAAUCUCUUAUCCCGGUUUAUCUGUCUCCAGUUCGAUUUGGAUUGACUUCCAAAGUCAUAACAAACAGGUGUGUCUUUGAGUCCACCCCUUCAGUCUGUGACAGUCCAGCACAGAGCUAAGGCCAAACCACUGUCUGUCCAACACCUAGUAAACUUUGUAAUGUCAGCAAGAUGCUUUUUGUAAUUACUUGUGAUAUUUUUGUAUCAAACACAUUUAUAUAAUAAAGGAUUUAUUUUAAAGA